AUGGCGGCGACACAAAUGCUGCUGCUGCACCUUCUUCUUCCUCCUCUGCUCCUCAUUUUCUUCAUCCGGGUCGGAUCAUUACCCACCCAGGAGUUACAGACAUUGAUGGACAUUAAAAAAGUGCUUGACCCUGAAGGAAAACGUCUCGCUUCGUGGAGUGUCAAUGGAGAUCCGUGCAGGGAUUUCGAAGGCGUUGGUUGCGAUUGGAAAGGACGAGUUUCAAACAUUUCUCUACAAGGGAAAGGACUCUCCGGUGAAAUCUCUCCGGCCAUUGCAGAGCUCAAACACUUGACGGGUCUGUUCUUGCAUUACAAUUCUCUUUCCGGAGACAUCCCUAGAGAUAUCGGUAACUUGUCCGAGCUUACGGAUCUUUAUCUCAAUGUUAAUAAUCUCUCUGGGGAGAUUCCUUCACACAUUGGGAAGAUCCGAAGCUUGCAAGUUUUGCAGCUAUGUUACAACAAUUUGACAGGAAGCAUUCCAAGGGAGCUUGGUUCACUGAAGAGGCUCAGUGUUCUUGCUCUUCAGUCCAACAAACUCACCGGUGCUAUACCAGCGAGUUUAGGAGAAUUAAACGCUCUAGAACGGCUAGAUUUGAGCUACAAUCACUUGUUUGGCUCUGUACCUGGUAAAUUAGCUGGCCCUCCUCUGCUUCGAGUUCUGGAUAUCCGCAAUAACUCCCUCUCUGGCAAUGUACCUCCUGUACUUAAGAGACUGAAUGAAGGUUUUUCGUUUGAGAACAACUUGGGGCUAUGUGGGUCCGAGUUCUCGCCACUGGCAUCUUGCAACGGCACGGCUCCUGAGGAACCUAAGCCGUUUAGUGCGACGGUGACCGGUUUUCCGUCCAGGGAUAUACCGGAAUCAGCUAAUCUUCGGUCACCUUGCAGUGGAACAGACUGUAAUGCUGCUCCUCCAAAUUCUCACCAAGGUUCAAUCUUGAUCGGUUUGGUUGUCUCGACCAUCGCCUUGUCUGCCAUUAGCAUCCUCUUGUUCACACAUUACCGUAGACGCAAACAGAAGCUUUCAACCGCUUACGACAUGUCUGAAACCGGUGGAGGAGGCUUUCGGAAGAAGAAUGGUUCUUCUCCUUUGGCCAGUCUUGAAUAUACUAGUGGUUGGGAUCCGCUCUCAGAGAACAGGAAUCUCAGUGUCUUUGCUCAAGAAGUUAUCCAAAGCUUUCGUUUUAAUCUAGAAGAGGUUGAAACAGCUACUCAGUAUUUCUCACAAGUGAAUCUGCUCGGAAGAAGCAACUUCUCUGCGACUUACAAAGGGAUCCUGAGAGACGGUUCGGCUGUGGCGAUCAAACGGUUUAGUAAAACCAGCUGCAAAUCCGAGGAAGCUGACUUCUUGAAAGGACUCAACAUGUUGGCGUCUCUGAGACAUGAGAACUUGGCAAGGCUUAGAGGCUUCUGCUGUUCAAGAGGCCGUGGAGAAUGCUUUCUCAUAUACGAUUUCGCUCCCAAUGGAAACCUACUGAGCUAUCUCGAUCUUGCAGAUGGCGAUACACAUGUUCUUGAUUGGUCCACCAGAGUUUCCAUCGCCAAAGGAAUCGCAAAGGGGAUUGCUUAUCUACAUUCAUACAAAGGAAACAAAGCAGCGUUGGUUCACCAAAACAUCUCAGCCGAGAAAGUCUUGAUCGACCAGCGAUACAGUGCGCUACUCUCAAACUCCGGUCUCCACACACUUGUCACAAACGACAUUGUCUUCUCUGCAGUCAAAGACAGUGCAGCAACGGGCUAUCUCGCUCCAGAAUACACCACCACAGGACGGUUCACCGAGAAAUCCGAUGUCUAUGCUUUCGGGGUCCUCGUGUUUCAAAUAGUCUCUGGGAAACACAAGGUUAGGAAUCUCGUUAAGCUUGGAGCUGAAGCUUGUAGAUUCCAUGACUACAUCGAUCCAAAUCUUCAGGGAAGGUUCUUUGAGUAUGAAGCCACGAAGCUAGCUAGAAUCGCGUGGCUAUGCACUCAUGAAUCUCCCAUUGAGAGACCGUCCAUGGAAGCUGUUGUUCAUGAGCUUGGCAACUGUAGUAGCAUUCUCUGA